AUGGCGAACAAGAAACAACUUUGGGAGCAGCUUUUGACGGACGCAAAUGUCUCGCGGUUCCCAAUUCGCAACGAUGGAGUACUGGAAAAAGAAAAGUAUGGCAGUGUUGAUCUUGGUAGUGAAGACAAGCUGCAGCUGCAGCUUGUCUAUACUGCUUGGGCUCUUGUUCUUGGGUUGUACACCAGUUCCCAGCAUCCGGCCUUCGUUGCGUUUAAUGGGGCCAAUGGGACUGAUGUUUCUUGGUCAACCAUGAUGUCCGCAAGGGUUAUUCAGACGGACCUUUACCCGCAGCGAUCUAUCUCGUGCAUUUCUGAGGGUAUUCAGAGCGAGAAAAAUCGUGAGGCAGUUGAUAUCUGUUUGGAUGACUUUUUCAAGUGGUCCAAGCCCACUGAAGCUGGUCCUCUCCAAAACACACUUCUGGUUUCCGACGCGGAUCUCAACGAAGAGAUGAUGGAAAAGCUUCUAGAAAACGUAAGAAUAGCAUCUAGAAAUAGUAUAUAUUUAUAAUCUGACAAACUGUUAGUUCCCCAUCAUCAUUAUUCUCACCAACCCUGCCAUCAAAUUGUCCUUCAGUACGGCCCACCUGUCUACAAAGCAGGCUAUCAACGUAGCUCAGGUCUUUGAGCUUGCUACCAAAGCCGUACUUCGAAAUGGUCAUAUCCAAGUGAUGCACCUAGAUCUUUUGCCCGAUGCGCACAAGGCUCAGAUUCAGCAUUGGGGUGCCAGUCCUCCAGAAUACGUUAAUGAGUGCAUUCACCACCAAUUCAACGACAUGGCAGUGAAGCAGCCUGAUAAGAUUGCAGUGGACGCUUGGGAUGGUAAACUGUCCUAUUCGGAAAUUGCAAUCGCGUCUAACCAGUUGGCCCAACAAUUGAUUGCCACUGGCAUUUCCAAAGGCGAUGCAGUGAUGGCCUGCUGUGAGAAAUCCAAGUUCGUUGCAAUUGCAUGGAUGGCUAUCUUCAAAGCGGGAGCAGUUCUUGUCCCCGUUGACAUGGGUCAGCCUCUCGGAAGACUUGAGCACAUCCAGAACGUUUCCAAGGCCAAGGCAGUAGUCAGCACUCUGAAGAACCUCGCCAUGAGCAACAAAGUGAGCGACAACAUCUUGCAGAUUGAUGAUGAGUUUCUGUCGCAUGCAUACAGCUGUGGUGAUGUGGAAGUCAAAUCACCUCCUGUGUCACCAGCAGACAUUGCAUACAUAAUGUUCACCUCUGGGUCUACUGGAGUCCCAAAAGGAAUUACAGUAACACAUUCAGGAUUUUGCUCCGGAAUGAAGAAGUGCUCUGGGAUUUUCACAGCGGAGAGGUUCCUUAACUUUGCGUCCUACAGCUUCACCCCAGCUAUCUACGAAGUCCUCAUGCCACUUUGCAUUUUUGGGGGCUGUGUGUGCAUUCCAUCAGAGCAUGCCCGAGUCAAUGAACUGGUUAGGUACAUGAACGAAACCCUUGUCGAUACUUCCGUAAUUGUACCUUCUCUCCUUCGAUCAAUGAGUCCUGACGACUUGCCAAAUCUGAAGACACUGUUGGUGAUGGGCGAGCCCAUCCCACAGCCCGAAGCUGCCAGGUGGACAUCCAAGAUCGGCUUGAUCUACUGCUAUGCAAGUUCUGAGAACGGAAUUGUGAGCUCCAAUAACAGGCUUGGACAUCUUACGGACGUGAGAAACGUUGGGUAUUCCAACGGCACUUGCUGGAUUGUUGACCCUUCAAACCAUGAUCGCCUCUUACCAAUCGGUGUUGUUGGCGAGUGUGUUGUUUACAGCGCCAGCACAGCAUCCUCUUAUCUUGAUCUUCCAGAAAAGUCGAAAGAGGUCUUUGUAAAAUCCGCAAGCUGGUCCAAACCAUGCCAAGGAUUCGGCUAUUGUCGCACCGGAGAUCUCAUGUACUUCAAUUCCGAUGGGAGUCUCAGCUUCAGUGGCCGGAAGGACCUGAUGGUCAAGAUUCGAGGCCAAAGAGUCGAGCUUGCCGAGGUCGAGGGAGCAAUUCUAUCACUUGGAUGUGCGGAACAAACAGUCGUGGACGUACCCAAAGGGGGCCCAUUGGCUAAUCGAUUGACCGCGGUGAUGAGAAUCAAAGAGGCAGACGAAUCCUUCACAGUGAGUUCCGGACCAAUGAGCUGUUUACCGUCUAGACUCUCGUUGGAGAGAGCUGAGAGCUUACGAGAUCUUCUGGCGAAACGACUACCGGAAUUUAUGGUUCCAAUAGCCUACGUAUUUGUCCAAUCACUUCCAGUUACAGCUUCUGCAAAAGUCAACCGUGUUGCCAUAUCUGAGUGGCUUCAGUCCAUGAGUUUAGAUAUCUAUGAGAAGAUAUGCAUUCAAGACCCAGCCAACGAUGAAGAUGAUGGGAUCUGGCAAGACACGGAACUCGCACUGCAGGGUAUCUUGGCUGAGGUGCUCAACCUGGAGGCUAGAAAGAUCAAACAUCACGAUUCAUUCUUGAAUUUGGGUGGAGACUCGAUAACCGCCAUGAUGGUCGUUUCCAAGUCUCGACAGCUAAACAUCAACCUUAACGUUCGAGACGUCCUAAGUAGCAACCUUGCUGAGCUCGCUAAGGUGGCUGACAUCGAUAGGGCACGCCCUCUUACAAAUGGAGACAUGACGUCGCCUAUGAAAGACAGCAUGGAGACUACAGAAGAGGUUCUAGUCAAGAAUGCGCUUCCAUAUGAGAUCAGGGACAAUUCUAUGAGGAUCUCUGAUGUCUUGCCUUGCUCGCCAAUGCAGCAGUCCCUUGUACUGAGCCAGCUGAGAUCUAAGGGACAUUACGAAUGCUCCUUUAUAUUCAAGCUCUCACACACAUUUAACAUUCGCGAACAGGUGCUGCAGAAGGCCUGGCAACAGGUUAUCGAUUCUCACUCCAUUCUGAGGACCAUAUUCGUUGAAAGUCAGACAAGUCCUGGAUCCAUGGAACAAGUCGUUCUUAGCCACCAUGAAGUCAACAUCACAUUCUUCAAUUUCCAAAACGUUCCGGUUGAUGCUCUGAUGGUUUUGGAUGGCCACAAAGCUAUCUUUAAAGAUGGAAAACCACCGCAUUCCCUAGUUAUCUGUCAGACAGAAGCAGAUGAACUAUUUGUCAAGUUCAAUCUUUCUCACCUCCUCUUUGACGGCCAGUCCAUCGAGAUACUCGUGGAACACUUCCGAGUGGCAUUGACUCAGAAGGUUUACAAUGACCAUAAGUCUCACUACUCCGAUUAUGUGCAGUUUCUGAAACAGCAAGAUGAUACCGAGGCGCUCAGAUUCUGGGAAAGGACUCUGGUCGAACUCGAGCCAACUAUACUGCCUACACUCAUCGAGCCCACUGAGAACAAGGAUCUCUCUGAGCAACUUGUUCAGCUACACGCUACUAUCGACAACGCGAGACAGAUCAGCAACUUUGCCAAAAGCCAAGGAGUGACUAUAUCAAGUGUCUUACAACUUGCUUGGGCCCUCGUGCUUCGAAGGAUGGUUGACAGGGACGACGUCGUCUUCGGGCUCCUAACAUCAGCUCGAGAUCUUCCUGUGAAGGACAUUGAGAGUAUGGUAGGACCUGUCAUCGAUAUGAUGGCUCGACGAUGCACCAUUGUGGACUCUAUGAGCAUUAGUGAGGCUUUGAACAAUGUUCAAAAUAGCUUCUUUGAUUCACACCCUCACAGACAUGCCUCGCUUGCCAAUGUGCAGCAUGCGUUAGGACAGACACAAAAGCUCUUUUCCACAGCCAUGUCAAUCUUGAGGGCAAUGGAAUGGAAACGUAAGGAUGGAGAAGAUUCAUUAGUUGAGCCGGUGCGACAAUAUCAGCCAACCGAAUUUGACAUCAACAUACAUGUCACGCUGGCAGAAAACACCAUUGGUGUACAGUUUGACACGUGGAGAAGUAGAAUCUCCAAGGCGAUUUCUGAAAGUAUCCUUGCUACGUAUCUUCAAGCAGUGCAGUCUAUUGUGACCGCCAGGGUCGAAGCAAACAUCGGCGAGAUCGACAUUGUCAGCACAGACGACAAAGCUACCAUCCACCACAUUGCCCAAAGGACCAUCCAGCCAGCGACGAAGUCGACGCUACAUGAUCUGGCUUUACAACAAAGCCGACACAAACCAGAAGCAGAAGCAAUCCACGCAUGGGAUGGGAGCUUCACCUACCAGCAGAUUGAAUAUCUUUCGAGAGCUUUAGCGAAAGACCUUAUGAAACAGGCUCUGUUCAGAGACGUCUCAUACGUGCCCAUUUGUGUUGAGAAGUCUCGAUGGGCCGUCAUAGCCAUAUUAGCUAUCCUUCGAUCAGGCUGUGCAUAUGUGCCACUAGACCCUUUCCAUCCGCAGGACCGGUUGCAGAAUAUUGUAUCGCAGACAAAAGCCAAGUGGAUCCUCGUCUCAGAACAAACAAGAGAAAGGUGCCAGCGUCUGGGGGCCGAUCUCUACUGCAUUGAUCCAAUUUUACUGGAGGCUCAGAGCGAACCAUCGGAGUUGCAGGAGGAUGGACUUCCUAUUGUCUCUCCAGACGAUGAUGCUUAUGUUAUGUUUACUUCAGGAAGUACUGGCCAGCCUAAGGGAGUUGUUGUUCAACACAGCGCCAUCUGCACCUCCAUCGAACAACAAGUGAAGUGUAUGAGAUUGAAGCCUUGCUCAAGGGUUCUACAAUUUACGUCCUUUGUGUUCGAUAUCUCACUUUGUGAGAUAUUCGCUGGACUCAGAGCCGGGGCCUGUGUUUGCAUCCCAUCAGACACAGACCGAAUCGAACAACUGCCCAAGAUGAUGAAUGAUUUCGAAAUAACAUGGGCUCAGUUAACACCAUCACUGUCUUUAACAAUUCUUCCCGCCCAGGUUCCGACCCUCAAGACUCUCGUGGUGGCCGGUGAAGCGGUUGUUCCAGAGGUGAUUCGAACGUGGGGGUCAGCGACGGAUCUCAUUAUCGGAUAUGGCCCAACUGAAACUACCGUAUACUGUACCGUUCACUAUCCUACGGUCGAGAAUGAGUCUUCUAUCAUCGGAAUGGCAGUAGCCUCAUCAUGCUACGUAGUAGAAUCGGCCAAUCCUGAUAAACUGGUGCCUAUCGGAGGAGUUGGCGAGCUUUUGAUAAGCGGCCCGCUUCUGUCACGGGGAUAUCUUGGGGCUGCCGAUCGUACAUCCACCUCUUUUAUCACAGGUCCAUCCUGGGCUGAUGACAAAAACACAAGGUUCUACUGUACCGGAGAUCUUGUGAGGCUUCUGCCAGAUGGGAAUCUUUCAUUUCUUGGCCGCAAAGAUAAUCAAGUCAAGUUGAGAGGUUAUCGGAUAGAGCUGGGCGAGAUUGAGGCGGCCAUACCUCAUCUUUCGGUUGUUCUAUUACCGUGGCAAGGCCUACAUGGGGGAAGUAUUGUGGCUCUAAUCCCGACUUCGCAAAGGGUCUCCACGAUUGAACUCAAAGACAUACCACUGAUCGUCACGGAUGAAUCCUCCCAGCAACUGGUCGCUUCUCUCAAAGAGGCAGCUGUACGAUUUCUUCCUCCUUAUAUGGUUCCAUCUGUCUGGCUUGUCGUUGAUAGCCUGCCAACCCUGGCUUCUGGAAAGAUCAAUCGAAUGCGGCUUGUCGACUGGAUUGUGCAGCUCGAUCCUGUCAAUGUCGACGACAAAGUCUGCGAAUCUGGACCUCAAACAUCAGAUCCUAGAGAGCUCGCCCUACUGGAAGCAAUUGCCAAUGUGCUGAACAAGCCCAAGUCUUUACUAAAUUUCACUUCAUCGUUCUUUGCCGUUGGUGGGGAUUCUAUCUCUGCAAUGCUGCUUGCGGCUCGUUGUGCGUCUUUAGGCUAUCGCAUCAAAGUUGGCGACAUUCUUGGGGCUAAGUCACUGUCCAACCUCGCAAGAAGUAUGGCGCCACUAAUUGAGGAGGUGCUGGAUGUCAACCCUGAUAUGGUGGAAGGAAGCCAAUUCGACCUGUCACCAAUUCAGAAACUUCAUUUCCAUCAGAAUCCACUUGGAUCAAACCAUUUCAAUCAGAGCGUGCUGCUCCAGUCGCGUCAGCCAAGGUUUCUUGGACGUCUCAAGAGCUCUAUUGAGCACGUCGUUGAACAUCAUUCGAUGCUGAGAUCUAGAUUCGAGUAUUGUCACAACACUUGGCUGCAAAGAGUAACCACCGAUAACCACGGCAGUUUUCUCUUUGAGACACUCACAGCUUCCAACUUUGAGAGUGUUGUCGAGAUUGUCAAACAGAAACACAAAUCCACCAAUUUUGAAGCAGGGCCCAUGCUAGUUGUCACUCAAAUCUCGGUUGGUGAUGAUAUCUUUGUAUCAUUGAUCUGCCAUCACCUAGUCGUCGACCUGGUCAGCUGGCGCAUCAUCAUUGGAGAUUUAGAGGAUCUACUGCAGGGUAAAUCUCCAUUGCCACCUUCAAGCUCCUUUUCAACGUGGGUGAAUGCUCAACAGAGGCGCAUGUUGAAAGAAAAAGGAACUCAUUGUUUCGGGGUCCAGGAAUAUAAUAGCAACUUGGGCUAUUGGUCUCUCAAAGAUGAGGCUAAUCUGAAUGCCGAUGCCAAGCACCUUUCGUUUCACUUAAGGUCUGAAACCACAAAGGCAUUACUGGACAUACCCAGUCGAGUCAAAAAUCUUCAGUCAGUGGAUGUAAUGAUAGCAGCCCUUAUUUCGUCUUUCUGCAAAACAUUCCCAGACCGGACUGCGCCCUCAGUUUUCACUGAACACCAUGGUCGUGAGACUUGGGAUAGUAGCAUUGACCUGUCACGAACCGUCGGAUGGUUCACGACGAUCUCUCCCAUCACAGUCGCUAUCGAGACGCACGAUGACAUCGAGCUUUUGAAGCUGGUGAAAGAUGCCCGCCGUUCGCAGGCUGAUAGCAUUUGGACUCAGUUCGCACAUCGGUAUGGAGGUUGGGGUGAUGACGAAGGGUCCAUUCAGCCCUUUAGCAUCGAACUCCUGUUUAACUUCUUUGGCUUGAUGCAGCAGUUCGAACGCAAUGAUGCGCUGUUUAAGCAGGUACACUUUUCCGAUGAAGCUGCGACCAAUUAUGACCCCAGCAAGGCUCGAUUGGCACUAUUCGAGAUUACCGCACUGGUUGACGGAGCUCAGUUGCUAAUUGACAUAAGCUACAAUCGGAAUAUGAAGCUACCAGAGCGAGCUCAAAGUUGGCUAUCAGAGUUCCAGAACACGCUCGAGCGUACUGUCUCUCAGACAAUUGACAUGGACAGCUUGGUGACCUCCUCCGAUUUCCCGUGCUCCAGGCUCAGUCAACGUCAGCUUGAAAUCACACUUCGACAGAUGGCACUCUGCGGAAUCAAUGCGAAGGAUAUUGAGGAUAUAUAUCCUUGCUCUCCCAUACAAGAUGGUAUCCUCAUGAGCCAGCAGAGAUGUCCAGAGCAAUACGUCACGCGAUAUGUGGCCAAGAUAUCCCCAAGAGAUGUUACAAUUCCACUUGACAUAGACCGCAUGAAAGCUGCAUGGGCUGAAGUGGUCAGACGUCACCCAAUUCUUCGCACAAGGUUCGAAACAAGUCCCAGAGAUGAGUUCUACCAUCAAAUCGUCCUUAAUGAGUUGGGUCAGGUCGUUCAGGUCAUACCUCACGUAUCUGAAGACGAUCUGGAAUAUCUGCUAAGCUGGAACUGUGAGUCUUAUGAUUCGUUGGCAUCACCUCACGCAGUGGGUUUGAUGGAGACACCAGAGGGUGACAUCUACUUCUGCCUUCAAGCUAGCCAUGCGAUUAUGGACGCACACUCUCUCUCUAUGGUCUUUCGCGAGUUCGUUUCCUUCUAUGACGGCGCGCAGAUGUUAGACACGACUUCGGUUCCAGGCUACGGGGAGUAUGUCCAAGCGUUGUACAAGAGAGAUGAGCAACAUGACCUUUCAUAUUGGCGGACGUUCCUAGAAGAUGUAUCCCCAUGCCACUUCCCGGUCCUUCAGUCCGGGUCACAACCUGGUAGGCCAUCUAAGGUUGUGACUAUCAAAGCCAAUCUUGACGAAUUGUCAGAAAGAGCAUCGUCAUUCUGUGUCGAACAUGAUACGACAAUUGCCAAUCUAGUUCAAGUUGUCUGGGCCAUUAUACUUGCAUCAUACACUGGAACUGACGACGUAUGCUUUGGCUAUCAAACUUCAGGUCGCGGUAUUGAGCUCAAGUCAGAUCCGCAUCGUAUUUGCGGGCCACUUAUCAGCACCCUGCCAGCAAGAUUCCGCUUAAACAAGACCGCUUCGAUCUUGUCGAUGCUCAAGCAGGCGCAAGACAACAACACGAAGAGCUUGGAUCACCAACAUUGCCCUCUAAUUGUCAUACAGCAUGAUCUCGCUCUUGCCGGUAGAUCCCUUUUCAAUACCUCAGUUUCUUUGGCUCGACCGCAUGGAGCUGAAGGCUCCAAUGAGUUAUUGGUAGGCUCGGUCUCGGUGUAUGACCCUACUGAGUAUACCUGCACCUUGAACGUGGAAGUUGGGGCAGGCAAGCUCGGUCUCGCGUUCAACUAUGAUGCCACUUCGAUCUCCAAUUCCUUCGCGGGCAUUAUUUUGGACUGCCUCGAAAACACCAUAAUCAGAAUCCUGGAUGAUCCCCAGCAGCGUUUGAGGGAUUUGGUUGUUGUUGGUGAUGCAACUCGAUCACUAGCCCGGCAAUGGAAUGGAAAGGAGCUGGUCAAGAUCAACCGUUGCGUCCACAACAUUGUUGAGGACUUUGUAGACUCCCAGCCAGAGCACCAGGCGAUUUGCGCUUGGGAUAUUCAGUUGACGUAUAACGAGUUGGAUAGGCUCUCAGACGCCCUUUCAGAAACCCUAGUGGCACAUGGCGUGGGCCCGGAGACCUUUGUUCCACUAUGCUUUGAGAAGUCAGGAUGGCAUGUUGUAGCCAUGUUUGCGAUUCUGAAGGCUGGUGGAGCCUGCGUUUCUCUCGAUCCAUCGCAUCCUUUGGAUCGGCUUUGCAACAUCAUACAACAGGUACAUCCGCCUGUGGUACUUGUCUCGAAGGAUAAUUCUGGACUAUUUUCAGGGCUCACUACUGAUAUACUCGUUGUAAGUGGUGAGUAUCUUGCAAAUGGCCAUUCAGCAACUGGACAGGCCAUUUCCAAGUCCAGGAGGUCAGUCGAGCCUCAUAACGCUGCUUUCGUCAUUUUCACAUCUGGAAGCACGGGCAAACCAAAGGGUAGCGUCUUUGAACAUGCUUCAAUCGCCACAAGCUCCAGAGUCUACGGAACUAUGCUGCAACUCACCUCCCGGUCACGUGUUUUCCAAUUCUCUUCUUACGCUUUCGACUUGAGCAUCGCGGAUGAGUUCCAUACCCUUAUGUGGGGUGGUACUGUUUGCAUACCAUCAGAGUUUGAGAGAGUGAACGACCUAGUUGGUGCUAUGAGACGCUACAGGGCUAAUUGGGCUGCUGUGACACCCGCCGUGGCUAGCCUUCUCAGGCCUGCCGACGUAUCAAACUUGCACAUUCUUGUCAUGGGUGGAGAGCGGAUGCGUGCUGACACUAUCAAGUCCCUGGCCGAUCAUGUUCGCCUGGCAUUUAUCUACGGACCCUCAGAAUGUUCUGUAUGUGUCAUGUACAAUACCAUGGUCAGCCCCGAGACAGAUCCGGCGAAUUUGGGUCACCAAGCUGGUGUUAGACUGUGGCUGGUAGACCCAAGCAAUCAUCACCUCCUCGCCCCUCCAGGUAGCGUUGGUGAGAUAUUGGUUGAGGGACCACUACUGGCGAGAGGCUAUCUAGGAGAGCUGGAGAAAACAGCUGCUUCAUUCAUCAGUGACCCGGAAUUCGCCCGAGCAGAUGGCAGACCUGGCCGCAGGAUGUACAAAACAGGUGAUUUGGCUCGCUACAACCCGGACGGGACAUUGAAUUACAUACAGAGGAGGGACAACCAGGUCAAGAUCAGGGGCAAUCGGGUCGAGCUUGGAGAGAUUGAAGCAACUCUACAAGCCCAUCCAGCAGUUCGUGAUGCACUAGCACUACUCCCAGAGACUGGACAUUUCAGCAAGCAGCUUGUUGCGGUGGUAUCUUUUCGAGCAACCGAUGCUUCUCAAUCCAUCUCUCGAGAGGGCAUUCAGCUAUUAGACCAACCACAGCAACAGGCGAUGAGCGACGAUGCCAAGGCAGUCAAGGUACAUCUUGCAAACAACUUACCCGCAUAUAUGCUUCCAUCGCAGUGGCUUCUUGUCCAGAACAUUCCGCUCAAUUCUUCUGGCAAGAUGGAUCGAUUGAAGGCUUUGAAGUGGCUACAAGAUCUUGAUGGGUCACUUCUGGUCCAGCCAAGCCAUCUCUCCGACACAAAAAAGGUCUUGAACAAGGUCGAGUCAACGCUGCUUCAAAUCUGGGAAUCGGUUCUCAACACCAAGUGUCCAGAUGCACGAUACAGAUCGUUUAUGAGCUUCGGAGGAGACUCUCUUACUGCCAUGCAAGUCGUUUCCAGUGCCCGUCGACAAGGCAUCAAAGUUACCGUUCACGACGUCCUUCGGUGUCAUGGCAUAUCUGAUCUGGCUGGUAGUUCAACGAACGUGAUGACCGACAGGAAACUGCCCAAAUCACAAAUGAACAUGCCAUUUCCUCUUUCGCCCAUACAAACUUUGUUCUUCAAUAUCAACAGUGAUACCACAAUCCGGUUUAAUCAAAGCUUCGCGUUGAAGCUCACCCGCGAUGUACCAGACCCAGAGCUUGGUGAGGCAAUUCACAGAGUCAUCCAAAGACACUCUAUGCUCAGAGCUCGGUUUAUCAAAGACAACCAGCAUUGUUGGCAACAGGAGAUACGCGACUACAACACAAGAAAUCCCCUCGUUUCCCACCAUUCUGUCCGCAGUGGGGAUGAUGUGCGACCUAAGAUGCAUGAAAUUUUGGGUUCAUCAAACUUCGACAUUACGGCUGACCUCCUCUUUGCUUCGCAUUCCAUUCGUAUCAGCGGCGAGCAGGGAUCUGAUAUGCACCAGUAUUUACUGCUGGUGGCAUCUCAUUUGGUUAUUGAUCUUGUGUCAUGGAGAGUGAUUCUGGGCGACCUAGAAGAUCUCUUGGCUGGUAGGCCUCUGCCCUUGGAGGAGCCGCUAUCAUUCCAGGUUUGGAACACUAUGCAGAGGAUACAUACGUCUGAGAACUGUGACCCCGAUAACACCUUGAUACAAGGCGUACCUAAGCCGGACCUUGACUUCUGGGGCAUGAAUGACAUACCAAAUAUCGUUGCGAAUGCAAAGAUCUCAUCUUUUACGCUUAAAGAUAAAACAGUACGGAUGCUGCUGGGGGCUUCCAACUCAAUAUUCAACACAGAGCCGAUUGAUCUUAUGAUUGGAACAGCUUCCUAUACAUUCCACGAAGUCUUUCCCGAAAGAUGCUCCCCAUCCAUCUUCUACGAAAGCCAUGGUAGAAACAGUUGGGACCCAGCAAUAGAUCCUACCAAUACUGUUGGUUGGUUCACAACCUUGGCCCCUGUUUAUUGUGGUGAGCAUGAUGAUAUUACGGACUACAUUAUCAGAGCGAAGGAUCUGAGGAAGAGAACGCCUGGACAGGGUUGGGAUUUCUUUUCCUCGCGGUACAAUCAUGAAAAGGGUCAUUAUGCCCUCUCCCAGUACGAUCGGCCUGAAAUGACCCUUAAUUAUUCGGGUCUCUUCCAGCAAUUGGAGAAAGAGGGCUCUAUCCUUACCCCAUUUGACAGUGCAUUGAACAUGGAGUCUGAGGCUCUAAAUCUUUCUCCUGGCGCGGCUAGGAUUGGUCUUGUUGAUAUAAUUAUCACGGGGAAGUCUGAUGCAUUGCAGAUCCACUUUGUGUACAACACCAGGAUGAAGCAUCAAGAUCGUAUUCAUCGUUGGGUCAAGCGUUACGAAGAAGCACUCAUCCAAUUUGCGGAGCAGGUACCUAAAGUCAGGAAGUGCUUUACCCUAGCCGAUUUUCCAUUGAUGCCCUUGGACUGGGAUCUUCUUCAUGGUAUUGAAAUCGAGCUUGAAGAAGCUGAUAUUCUCGACAUUUCACAGAUUGAGGACAUUUACCCGCUAUCCAAGCUUCAGGAGGGAAUGCUGCUCUCGCAAAGGAAAGGGGACGCUGAUUACUUGUUUUACUCCAUUGUCGAAUUCACUUCCAAGGAUGCGAAACUGCCCAUCGACAUCGAGAAGCUCUUGUCAGCCUGGCACCAGGUUGUCCACCGUCAUUCCGCUCUACGCACCAUUUUCCUUGACAGUGGCACUACAGUCUCGGUUCAAUGUCAGAUCGUUCUUAAAAGUCCCCGCGUGCAGGUCGAGAGGGCCCAUUACACCACGGCAAACGACGCGAUCGCUACCCUGAAGACGAUGGGCGUCACAGAAUUUGACGCCGUCUCACCGCCUCACAAACUCACCCUGUGUACGACAGACGAGGGAAGGGUAAUAGCCAAACUGGACCUGGAUCACAAAGUCAUAGACGGCUACAGCAUCGGCAUAUUGAUUCGCGACUUGUCUCUGGCAUAUGAUUACCAGCUAGAUACCCUCACCAGGCCUUGCUACAGCGACUUUGUAAAGUACACACAAGUCAAAUCAGGGCCUGAUCAACUCAGCCAUUGGUGCCACUAUCUUGAUGGUGCUGAGCCAUGCUAUUUCCCUGAUCUCUCGGAUGGAAGGCCAGACCCUACAAUUUCUGGCCAUGGCACAACCCGAAUUGACCUUGGACUGGAUUUUGCUGAGAUCUGUGGCUUUUGCAAAAGCAGCGACAUUACUUUAUUUUCUCUUCUCCAAGUCAGCUGGGCUGUGGUUUUAAGGGCCUUCACGGGAUCACAAGAUGUCUGCUUCGGCUUUUUAUCUGCCGGGAGAGAUGCCGCAGUCAACGGAAUUGAGGACAUGGUCGGACCCAUCAUAUCCAUGAUGAUUUGUCGCCUCAAUAUUGAUCCCGAGGUGUCUAUCUCAGCAAUCCUUCAAGACUGCCAAUCCAACAUGUUGACGAAUCUCAAGUUCCAGCAUGUCGCACUGGCUGAUAUUCACCAUUCCCUUGGGCUUUCAGGUCAUGCACUAUUCAAUACUGUACUUUCUCUUCAAAACUCUAAAGAUGCUGCCUCGGUCGGAUCUAUUCACACCCAUCGCCAUUCUGGAACAGACCCAACCGAGUACGCCCUGGCUGUUGAUAUUACCACUUCCAGCCACUCGGUCGAGAUUCAACUAGAAUACCAACUCGGUCGAAUGUCGCCUAAAAUGGCAGAGAACCUGGCGUCAACGUUUGCGCAGGUGGUCCGCAGUAUCACAACCCAGACGACCUCGCUUAUCAAGAACCUAGACCUUGUUUCACCGAGCAAUCUCAACGACAUCUUGAUUUGGAACCAGGGCGAUUUUGAUGAAGUUGAUUCUCGCAUCGACCAUAUCAUAACUGCUCAAUCUCUUCUAUACCCCAACAAGGAUGCCAUUGUUGGUUGGGAUGGCCAAUUCACGUACUCGGAGCUGGAGCAUAUGACUGAUCGGUUGGCUUCUCGAUUGGUGAGCAAUGGAGUCUCACCAGGGAUUAUAGUCCCUUUUUGCUUCGAAAAGUCAGUUUGGACGAUAGUCGCUAUGCUGGCAACUCUCAAAGCCGGGGGAGCAUGUACCGCACUUGCCCCCGAUUAUCCUCGUGAACGAUUAAAAGAAAUCAUCAUUGAUUCAAAAGCCACGUUGAUCAUCUGUUCACCGUCCCAGAGGAAAAUCGCCGAGGACCUAGUCAACAAAGUAAUUGUCCUUGAUUCAGCAGAUGCCGAGUCACUCGCAGUAGAGUCUAGGGUUGAGGGUCAAAUCGGCUCAUCGAAGGACGCUGCAUUUGUGCAAUUUACCUCGGGGAGCACGGGGAAGCCGAAAGGUAUCAUCAUAGAGCAUAGGGCUAUGGCUACAUCCGCGAAAGCCCAUGGCAGAGCCAUGCAUAUGGACGAUACUACAAGGACGAUACAGUUUGCUUCGUACACAUUUGACAACAGUGUUGAAGAGAUCUUUACCACACUUCAACAUGGCGGUACUGUCUGUGUCCCCUCAGAUUCUGAAAGACUUCAUGAUAUUGGGGCUGCUAUGGCCCGUUAUGGGAUCACCUGGGCAGACCUAACCCCAACCGUCGCCUCUCUCAUCCGGCCUGAAGAGGUGCCUUCACUCAAAACUCUUUGUCUUGGAGGAGAGGCAGUCAACCAAGAUGUGGUAAGCACCUGGGCAGGCAAAGUUGAACUCAUCAAUGGAUAUGGCCCUGCAGAAGCAUGUGUAACCUGCAUUUGCUCGACAGAAGACCUUGCAGGCCCUAUCAGAUCAACCAAUAUUGGGGUUGGCGUCGGCUGCAACACAUGGGUCGUUGAUACCCGAGAUAGUAACCGCCUUGCCCCAAUCGGUACCGUUGGAGAGCUCCUAAUAGAGGGACCAAUCUUAGCUCGAGGCUACCUGAAUGAUCCGGAACGAACAGAUGCAGCUUUCAUCACCAACCCCACUUGGGCAAUCCGGCUCCAGCCAGGUGUCGACAGGCAAUUUUACAAGACCAAUGAUCUUGUUCGGUACACUUCUCAGGGAAGCCUCAUCUUCAUUGGUCGGUCUGACUCGCAGGUCAAGAUUCGUGGACAGAGGGUUGAGCUCGGAGAUAUCGAGUGGAAUCUGUCCUCAUUUGAAGACAUCGAGAAAGCGAUUGUUGUUUGGCCCACGCAAGGUCAGUGCUCUGGCCAUCUAGUUGCUGUUGUUACAUUGAAGAGUGACGAAGGGGCUAUCGUGAAUGGGCCGACGUUGACGAUCAGGCAAAACCGGGAGGUCAAAGCUACCGUUGCGUCUGCAAUGGAAUGGGUAGUUGAACAUUUGCCGUCCUAUAUGGUUCCGCAGGUUUGGGCUGUGGUGAAUCGGAUACCUCUCUUGCCCUCAGGAAAGUUGGACAGGAAGUCUGUUAUUGCGUGGGUAGAUGAGAUGAGCAAGGACGUGUUCAACCAGCUCAAAUUGUCUGGUGAUGACCACGACGUUUCUUGGGAAACAGCGACAACUCCUGCACAGCAAGAAAUACAGAUCCUUUGUGCCGAUCUACUCAACAAAACACCGGGCGAAAUCAUCUUGUCGCGAUCCUUCAUAGGCCAUGGAGGAGAUUCGAUCUCUGCCAUGAGGCUCUCAACUAUGGCUCGUAAGGCUGGGUGGACCGUGUCAGUUCAAUCCAUCUUACGUGCCAAGUCGUUAGCUGGGAUUGCAUCUCAAGCGAAACCAGUGCAAACUGCCAUGCGAAAGAGGAUAGAAGAACAAGAGAAUGUUGCUUUUGAACUAUCCCCUAUCCAGAAAUUGUUCUUUUACAAUUAUCCUGAGGGGGAGAACCACUACAACCAGAGUUUUGUCUUUUCUUUAUCAAGAACCAUUGAGUUAAGUGUUCUAUCAACAGCUCUUGACAAACUGGUGGCUAUACACUCCAUGUUGCGAACACGUUUCUCAAAGUCCUCCAAUGACUUCUGGCAACAACGUGUCAUUUCAGAAUCUUCUUGUCACUUGGACUACCACGAUAUUGGAAGCAUGGACCAGCUCGAACCUCUGAUGGCUGAUAUGGAGGCUAAUCUGGAUAUAUGCAACGGACCUAUCUUCAGGGCUAGUCUGUUCGACAUUAAGCCAACUAGGAGCCAGGUACUAUUUCUCGUUGCUCAUCAUCUUGUUGUUGACCUAGUAUCCUGGCAAGUCAUACUGAAGGAUUUGGAGUCACUUAUCCUACUAGAUGCCUCACCACGUGUACCUGAUAUCUCAUAUCAGGCCUGGUGCGCAUCAAUCCGGGAUCGCAGUUGUGAAGUUGCGGCCAGGACUCCACCUACGUCUCUGUCUUCCAUCCUCCCGAAAGCAGACCUUAAUUAUUGGGAUCUUGAUACUUCAACAAACACUUUUGAGAAUACUACAAGAUUCACAUUCCAGCUUGAUCAACACACCACAAGCCUCCUCAUUGGUAGUGUCCACGAGAAACUUUCUACAGAGACCAUGGACAUACUCUUAAGCUGCCUGAACAUUUCUUUCAAGCAGACAUUCCCUGAUCGAUUGCCUUGCACUAUCUUUUCUGAAGGUCACGGUCGAGAGCCCUGGACUGGAGAUAUUAAUCCAGCUGAGACAGUUGGCUGGUUUACUGUCCUGAAACCUUUCUUUCUCGAUAUCGAUACCAAAGACGGGCUAGUACGGAGUCUAGCCAUGACCAAAGAUGUUCGGAGAUCUAUGGAACGCGAUGCCUUGACAGGCUUUGCAUCACUUGUUGAUACAAAUCUGAAGACGAGUCCUACAGUUGAAGUGCUUUUCAACUUUCUUGGGCAUGCUCAAAUGUUUGAUGUCAAGAAUUCCUUGUUCACACCAUUGAGUGGUCAUAACCAACGGACUGAUGUCAAUGUCAAGGCUAGCCGAGAUUCCAUAUUUGACAUCCAAGUUCAAACCAUCGAUGGAGAACUGGAAGUACAAGUCAUGUACCCCAAGCACCUAUCUCGAUCCGUGCAUAUCGAGACAUGGAUGCAAAUUUACCAAAGCAAUCUGCAGAACACCGUAUCUGAGUUGCUUCAUUUCGACCCCAUCCCAACAUUGGCAGAUAUUCCUCUUCUUGAUCUUUCUUAUGAUGAGCUGGAGAUACUAUGGAGGCAAGCCCUGCCUUAUCAUGGAAUUACAGAUACGACCAACGUCGAAGACAUCUACCCGUGUAGUCCCAUUCAAAGGGGGAUGAUUAUCAGUCAGAAGCAAUCGCCAGACUUGUAUCAUUUCAACCUUAUCUGUGAAUUGUCAUCGAAGGCCGGCUCAGAGAUCGAUCUUGGCAAAUUACAAGACGCCUGGGAAAUGGUUGUUGCUCGACACCCCAUCCUGAGAUCACAGAUCAUUGAGUGGCCAGUUGGUUCAAAUUCUGUUUACCAGCUUGUUCUUCGUCAGGUUUCGGCUCGACCCAGCCUCUUCUUCUGUCAAUUUGACGACAAUCAAUUUACCAACAAGGACAUUACAGGCGGUGGAGUCGAGGCCUCAGGCUUCUCUCAUGAACUGCGAAUUUGCAUGACGACUGAUCAAAGAGUCUUUCUGAAUCUGAUUAUGAACCAUGUCUUCACAGACGGUAGCUCAAUGACAAUCAUAUUGGAGGAUUUGAUCUCGGCAUACGAUGGAAUAUUGUCUCUCUAUGGACCUCAGUUCAAGAACUAUAUCGAGUUCUUACUAACAGAGACCGAUCGUGUGGAAGAUGCUUCUUUUUGGAAAGAAUAUCUAGAUGAAGUCACACCUACCUACCUCACAGCCCCCAGUCCUCGACACACGAUACGCGAAUUGCAGGUUCAGACUUCUGUACUUGAUCUUGAACUUGAUGAGAUUACCCAUUUCUGCACUUCAAACAGUGUCACACAAUCCAAUCUUUUUCAACUUGCUUGGGCUCUUGUACUACAAGCAUACACAGACUCCAGCGAUGUCUGCUUUGGCUUUCUCAGCUCUGGUCGAGAUGCUCCAAUCGAGGGUAUUUCCCGAAUGGCCGGGCCUCUGAUCAACAUGCUUAUUGCUCGGUUUGCUUUUGGGCCUGAUAUGACUAGUCUGCAAAUUUUGAAAAAGGUAAAGGACGACUUUACAAGAAUGAUAGACCAUCAAUAUUUAUCUUUGGCCGACAUCCUACACCUACACCAAAAUCGCCUUCAAGGAAGACCAAUGUUCAACACCGUCAUGUCCUUUCAAAAGAGGGAUGGCCAAGACAAGAAGCAUGGUAGUAGCUUGCACCUUCUACCGGUGGAUGGCGACGAUCCAACCGAGUUUGACUGUUCUGUUGGCGUUGAGAUCACUGGCCGCGAAAUAGCUCUAACAUUAUCUCACUGGACUGACAAGAUAUCUGGUCGCAAUGCGCGUCAUCUCACAACGACCUUUGAGACGAUUGUGGCCAGUAUUGUUAGGAAGCCCGACAUGGCUAUCAAAGACAUGGAUGCUACGUCCAUUUCCCAAUCGCGCCAGCUUACUGAAUGGGCUCAUGUACCAAUUAAUCCUGUCGAUGAAUGCCUCCAUACGACCUUUGAACGUUUUGCCCGACAGACACCUGACGCGGAAGCUGUCUGCUCAGCGGAUGGAUCAUACACCUACAAAGAGCUCAAUGACAUUUCUCAGAAACUGGCCCGAUCGCUUCGCGACGAGUAUCAGAUACGAAGAAACACACUGGUGCCAUUCUGUUUCGAAAAGUCAUCAUUGGCAGUUGUCAGCAUGAUAGCUGUUCUCAAAGCAGGAGCCGUCAAUGUUCCCAUCAAUCCAGACCUCCCUCACUCGCGGAUGAAGUAUAUACUAGAGGACAUGGAAUCGGAAAUUGUCAUUACUUCAUCUAAGCUGGCACCACUAUUCCAAGGACUUGCAAAGCCUCUUGUAUUAGACGAAACAUUAUUUUCUGGACUUGAGGCAACUAUGGAAACAGUAUGCCCUGCUUUGGAGCCUUCCGAUGCAGCCUAUAUCAUCUUCACGUCUGGUUCCACCGGUCAUCCAAAGGGUAUUGUACUAGAACAUCGAAACCUGGCCACUGCUUGCAACGCACAGGCAGAUGCUUUGGGCAUCACUUCCCAUUCGCGUAUCUUACAGUUUGCCAGCUACCACUUUGACAUGAGCUUGUCUGAUCAUUGGUAUGCUCUGACUCGUGGAGCUUGCGUCUGUAUACCGACUGAAGAAGAGCGAUUUUCCGACCUCUCUGUUCCGAUUAACAGAAUGAAGGUUGAUACGAUCUUCGUGACGCCAACAAUAGCGGGCCUUAUUGAUGAAACGAUGGUACCUACCUUGAAGUCCAUCACUCUAGGGGGUGAGGCGGUAACCAAGCAUAUUGUUGACAAGUGGACUCCCAUCUUGACACUCAACUUUGCUUAUGGGCCUGCCGAGAUUUCUGUCUUCUGCUGCUGGAGGGGGAAUGUUGAGAAAGGGACCCCUCCAAGUAGCAUAGGACGCCCUUUGAACUGUCGCAUAUGGCUCACAAAGCCUGAAGAUCCAAAUAUGCUAGUGCCGGUUGGGUGCAUUGGUGAACUCUGUGUCGAAGGACCGCAGGUCUCCAGAUGUUAUUUCAAAGACUUUGAAAGGACCAAAUCGAGUUUCGUCAACAACCCGGACUUUCUCAAGGGCGACAACAUUGCAACUUCGCGAAGGAUAUAUCGCACUGGCGACCUCGCGCGCUACAACGAUGAUGGAACACUUGUAUUCGCUGGCCGUAAGGACAAUCAGGUCAAGCUUCAUGGACAGCGAUUAGAAUUGGAAGAUAUUGAGUACAAUUUGUCAACACACGAUGCGAUUAGGCACGGUUUAGUGGUUCUACCGACAAAGGGCCCUGCCAGAAACAAACUGAUAGCGGUCAUUACAUUAUCAAAAUACCUCGCCAACACGGAAGAGCCUUCUCUACGCCAACUGUCGCUAGGCUCAGUGUCAAGCCUCGUGGAUAUCCCAGCUGUCAUUAACUACAUGUCAUCUCGGUUACCAGCCUAUAUGGUACCUCCAGUCUGGAUCGUGGUGAACGCAAUACCGAUGAGCCCAACUGGAAAACUCUUCAGGAAGAAGGUUCUCGACUGGCUCUCUGAUUUGAGUGAUCUUGAGUAUCAAAGUGUCAUAGAACGUGCGAAUGCGGGAUCGUCUCUCGAUAGCGAUCCCACAGACUCAGUUGAGAUCGUCCUACAGAACACGAUUGCCGAUGUCCUCGGACUACCAAUCUCGACUGUCGGUCUUGGCAGGUCUUUUAUGAGUCUUGGUGGUGACUCCAUCUCUGCUAUACAAGCUGUGUCUCGUUGCAAGGCAAGCGGGGUGACCUUGACUGUCAAAGAUAUCCUCAAGAGUCCUAGCAUAAGAGGUAUUGCUGCAGUCGCCCGGAACUCUCGCGUGAAGUACUUGGAAUCGACAUUUGAGACAGACGUCCAGUUUACCUUGACACCAAUUCAGCAACUUUACACGCAGAAGAUCAACAGCAAUGGUUUUCAACAACAUGUCACCCUCAAGGUUGCUGAUGGUGUAACAUCGGCAGGAAUCAAGGCUUCACUGGAGAAGCUAAUCGAUGCUCACCCUAUGCUUCACUCUAGGCUUGUCGUCAACUCCCUUGCGCAGGUCAUAGAUAAGGAGCAACACUUCUCUUUCAUGGAAGCCACUAUUGACGAACACUCUGAACUCGUUCCUCUGGUGAACCAAUUGAGGUCGACUAUCAACCAGGAUUGCGGUCUCAUGUUCGGAGCUUUACUGUUCAAGUGCUUUGACAACAAUAAGUAUCUUUUCUUGACUGCCCAUCACUUGGUCGUUGAUGAGGUGUCGUGGUCAAUCAUUCGUGAGGAUCUCGAGUCGUUGCUACUUCAUGAUCAUGUUUCAGUUGCACCAACACUUGACUUUCAAACUUGGGCGAACUUGCAACGCGACUAUGCUUCUCAGUCGCUUGAUCCCUCUGUGAUCCCUAGACAACCUAUUCAAGAGGCGGUACAUGACUAUUGGGGGGCCAACCCCUCCAACUGUGUCGCAGAUGUGAUCACUGUAACAGUGGAAGUUGAUCCUGAGUACACUCAAAAGCUCAUGAAUGAGUGUAAUCGGACUUUCAACACUCGACCAGUCGAUAUCAUGAUAGCGUCUAUGAUCAGGGCUUUCGGUCAGAUCUUCACAGAUCGCCCAGCCCCAACGGUUUUUGCCGAAGGUCAUGGUCGUGAACCCUGGAGACAAGACCUAGAUGUCAGCCGGACAGUUGGCUGGUUCACUACCAUCUAUCCCGUCAGUGCAGGAGACUAUACUAGUCCGAUUGACUUGCUCUGCAAGACAAAGGACAGGCGCAAAUCCAUCCCAAAUAAUGGCUGGUCGUAUCUCACCUCCAGCUAUCACAAUACCAAAGGUAGAGAGACCUUCAGGGCGCACGAGAAUAUGGAGGUCCUAUUCAACUAUCUGGGAAACAACACGACCUCUUUCAAUAAAGGUUCUAUCCUGGAUCCAACCACUGAAUUUGAUGAAAUCGCUUCCUUCACUCAGAGCAACGUCCCUAGACUAGCUCUGUUUGAGAUAAAUGCCGUCGUUGAGGACGCCAAACUGCAACUGUCCUUUGCUUGGAGUAGGCAGCUUGGUUGGCAGGACGAGAUUUCACGAUGGGUCAAUGGGGUCCGAGAGUCCCUUCUCUUCUAUGCUAUGACAUUACCUAACACCAUUCCAAGAAUGACAUUGAGCGACUUUCCUCUUCUUCCCUUAUCUGAGCAAAGUCUCCUGAAAAUGAUAGAAGACGUCAAAAUUCGAUCUGGGCUCCAGGAACCUAUUAUAGAGGCAGCGUAUCCCUCUACUCCUGUACAAGAUGGCAUCCUGCUCAGUCAGAUGAAAGGCAAUUCUCAUUACGGCAUCAACUUCCAAUGGAAGAUGUCCUCUCGCAACCUGGCUCGACCUAUCACAACGGAGUCAAUCGCUAGAGCCUGGGGCUUUCUUGUAAAGCAUCAUCAAAUCUUGCGCACCGUAUUUGUACCAAGUGUUCGGCCACAGGGUAUCUAUGACCAGGUUAUAGUCGGCAACUUGGAAGCUUCCAUUACAAUUAUUGAGAGUACCGAGCGACUGGAUGUUACCCGUCCAGUAAACACUGAACACACCAAUACCCUUCAUUCGACGAAGUCGCCAUUACACUCACUGGAGCUCUACUAUUCGGACGUGGGCGAGGUUACCUGUCAACUCUCUAUUAGUCACGCAUUGGUUGAUGGUACAAGCAUGGCUCUUCUCUUGGAGCAGCUUAUUUCCAACGUUGCUGAUGCCAAGGUUGAAAGGGCGCUAUCCUUACCAUUUCAAGCCUACGUGGAGCGUAUGCACAGUCAUAGCACAGAAACGACAGUCGAACUCUGGAAAGAACGACUAGCCGGACUCACACCUUGUCAUAUCGCUCAAGAUUCAUAUGGUGGUGGAACGAGAGGCACCUACCCUGAUUCUGUUGAAAUCAGCCUCGACAAAGGACUAUGCCGAUCCAUCUUUGAUUUUAGUAGGACUUUCUCUCUUACACCAGCUACUAUCUUCCAGCUGGCGUGGGGACUUGUGCUUCGAGCAUAUACCAACUCGGAUGACGUUUGCUUCGGUUACCUUUCAUCUGACCGUGAUAUGCCGCUCGAUGGAAUAGAAGAAGCAAUAGGUCCCUACAUCAGCAUGCUCAUCUCCCGGAUCAGCCUUAGCCAUGAUACCACGCUGAUGAAAGCUAUGAAAUCAGUCCAACAGGACUAUUUAAACAUCAAGGAACAUCAAGUCGCUUCUUUAGCCUCGAUACAACAUUCACUUGGGCUUUCAGAUAAACCGCUGUUCAAUACAGUUUUGUCUAUCCAGAGACAAAGACCGGGACGGUCGUUUUCUGUAGAGGACAUCGCUUUUGAGUCGAUUUCAAAGAAUGAUCCCACAGAAUAUGCUUAUGUUGUCAACAUAUUCAUGGACGGUGAGGAAGGCAUAUCACUCGAUCUAUCUCAUUGGCGGCACGAAAUAUCUCCCGAGAUGGCUAGCAGUCUUGCUCACAGUCUUGUACAAGCCAUCACUCUGGCUAUCGAGAAGCCUGAAGAGCGAAUGGCAGCUAUCUCUGUCUGCAGCGCACUUGACAUGGAAGCACAGCAAGCUUGGAAUAAACCGCAUUAUCCCCAAAUUGCUGAAACCUGUCUUCACGCAAGUUUCUCGGAGCAGGCCGAACAAAGACCAGCUAGCCAGGCCAUCACGGCAGCAGAUGCAGAUCUCUCAUAUGCUGCACUUGAAGAACUGUCUACGAAGCUUGCAGCACAUUUAAAGCAAUUGGGCGUAAGCAGGGAAGUCCUGGUACCAAUUUACUUCGAAAAGUCGGCCCUCGCCAUUGUAUGCAUGUUAGCAAUCUUGAAGAGUGGCGGCGCUAUUGUGCCUCUUGAUCCCAGUCAUCCCCCAGAACGGAUCUCAGCCAUUGUUCGAGCAACUGGUGCCAAGCUAGCUCUCGCAUCAAAGGCUAUGAGCUUCGAAUGUUUCCAAGACAUAGGUACGUUGUUGCUAGUUGACUUACCCAUGCUACAAGGUCUUCCUGAUAGGAUCAAUCUUGAACCAAGCAAUGUCCAGCCAUCAAAUGCCGCUGCGGUUAUAUUCACAUCUGGGAGCACCGGAAUACCAAAGGGUGUCGUCUUGGAGCACAGAUCACUCUGUAUCAGUAUGGAGUCUCACGCUCAACUUCUCGGAAUUGGACCUCAUACUCGCACACUCCAAUUUGCCGCAUUUGUGUUCGAUGUCUCUCUUCAUGAUAUCUUUACAACCCUCCUCAAGGGUGGUUGUGUCUGUGUACCGACAGAGUAUGAGAGGUUGAAUGACCUCUCGGGAGCUAUCAAUCGUAUGCGGGUCAAUUGGGCAUGUUUGACAACGACCGUUGCUUCAUCGUUGGCGAAAAUGGCACCGUGUCCGUCUUUGACAGGCAUUGCACUUGGCGGAGAACCUUUGACUGUUGAGUGCGUCACCGCUUGGCAGGGAAAGGCUGCGUUACACAAUUUCUACGGCCCUUGCGAAUCAUCGAUCUUUGCUACUGGCAGAUGUCACGUCAGCCUUGCUUCUCAAAGAAGUGACAUUGGUCGGCCAAUCUAUGGUCAAGCAUGGAUUGUCGAUCCCAAUGAUCACAAUUUACUUCUUCCGACAGGUAGUAUAGGAGAGUUGCUCUUACAAGGACCUUUACUUGCACGAUGCUAUCUUGAUGACCAAGAGAAGACCAAUGCCGCUUUCAUCCCUGCACCUAUGUUUGCUCAGCAACACGGGGCUCGUGAGCAGAGCCGCUGUUACAAAACUGGUGAUUUAGCGCGGUUUGAUUCCAGUGGCUGCAUUCACUACAUCGGAAGAAAAGAUCACCAAAUCAAAAUCAAUGGGCAGAGAGUCGAGUUGGCAGAAGUCGAACAUCAUCUCCGUGAAUGCAUUGACUGGGAUGUGGAUAUCGCGGUUACUCAAGUUCUGAUCAAUGGAACCAAACUGUUGGUUGCUUUCAUUUCACUUGACGCCGGGUCUCGCCAUACCAAAACCACGAUUGCUUCAAGCCUCGGACCCCAAAGAGAGAGACUCCGACACACUCUGGCCAGGCUGGAAACAAGGAUUAUGGAUUACAUGAUUCCCAAAUUCUUCCUACCAGUCACAACAAUGCCCCUCACAAUUUCAGGGAAGACAGAUUACCUUGCACUUCGACAGAUGGCCACAAGUGUUGAAUUAUCGUCACUGCAGAACUACACCAUAGCCACGACAACAGCAAUUAAUCAACCGCAGACCCCAACAGAAGCAACUAUCCAGAAGAUAUGGGGGGAGGUUCUUAGCCGGAAGCCAUCCAAAAUCGGUACUCAGCAAACAUUUGCACAAUUGGGCGGUGAUUCCAUCCUGGCCAUGCAUGUUGCUACAAAGGCGAGGGAAAACGGCAUUGAGAUUUUUGUACAGGAUAUCAUAAGGUACAAAACUAUCCAGAAGGUCGCUGAGAGGUCUACCAGGACUCGAUCAGUUGCAAACAAAGAACUCGAAAGAGGCAGGUUCGCACUUCUUUCGAUUCAAGGGAAGGAACUACGACAGAUCAUGCAAACCUGCGCCUCCCGGUGUGGCUUGGACGGCAUCGACCAAAUGGAGGACGGCUUCCCGUGCUCCCCGACGCAAGAAGGUAUUCUGAUCAGUCAAGCCAAGUCACCAGGUCAAUACCUUAUCCAACACAGCUGGAAGGUCAUUUCUGACAAACCGAGAGACUCCGUGUCAGAAAUAGACGUCAGCCAUCUCAUGAAAGCAUGGGGUUCUGUCAUCCAACGGCACCAAGGCCUACGCUCAUACUUCGUUGAAGUCGCCCUGCCACAAACAAACUACAUACAGAUUGUCGCGAACAACGUCGUUCCUCCAAUCCGCUGUGUUGAAUGCGACAGCCUUGAUCAAUUGCAGAAAAUGGACAACAAGGAUACAGUUAACCCCGUUCCACUUCCUUAUUCGGUCCUGAUCGGCAAGUCAAGAUCUGGGGAUGUCUACUGCAGGUUAGACAUAGACCACACAUUAUCUGAUGCCUCUUCUUUAGAGAUAAUCAUCCGAGACAUCUCUCUUCAAUACCUGGGUCUGGCACCGGUAGACUCGUCUCCAAAAUUCAGCGACUAUGUAGCAUUCCUGCAGAGUCAACCUGUAGUUCCAACCCUUGGCUACUGGAGACAAUAUCUUGAGAAUGCUUCGCCAUGCUAUUUCCCCCAACUCAACCCUUCGAAGGACACCAUCUUCAAACGAGGUGCCUCUCUUCAGUGCAGGCUGUCCAGUGCACAGAUGUCGGCGAUACAAUCCCUGAGAGUGGAGUACGACAUCACACUCUCUGACAUCUUCAAAGCUCUAUGGGCCUUGGUUCUACGGUCCUACUCGGGUACAAACAAUGUUUCUCUUGGCUAUGUCUCCUCCGGUCGCAACGCCCCAGUCUCCGACAUUCACGAUAUUGUCGGUCCUUUGAUCAACAUGCUAGUUUAUCAAACCACCUUACGAUCGGACACAACACUGAUUGGACUUGUGAGGGAUGCUCAAGAAGCAUACUUGCAGAGUCUACCCUAUCAGCAUUGUGCACUAAAGGACAUCAUCCACGAGACGGACUGUGCGGGUACUCAGCUUUUUAACACAGUAGUCAAUGUCCUGAAAGCACAUGACAAGAGACCUGGCCCCAUCACCUUCGAAUCACAGCCAGGAGACGGAGAUAUUGAGGUAAGUGAUGGCUACUCUUACGGUUCGGAUGGCAAGAAGCUAACCCAUUGACUUCAAACAGUACGAUAUCCAUCUACAGGUUUUGGAAUCUCAAGCGGGUAUUGAAGUGACGAUGGAUUAUUCCACUUCACUGAUGAUCGAAAGCCAAGGCCUCGAUGUAUUUGACACGUUGAUGCAAGCGCUGGACAGUUUUAUCAAUUGCCCUAGUCAACGUCUCGAAAACGUAGACUUGCUCGGCAACAGAAACUUGGUCAAGAUUUUGGAACUAUCGCAAACAACACCCCACUGCACGAUUGAAGCUACCUGCUUACAUCAUGCUGUUGAGAAGCAAGUAAGAUGCCAACCCUCGGCACUUGCAGUCGUCACAGAAGUGGGAACCCUUACGUAUGAAGAGCUGGACUGCAUGGCAAAUCGAUUGUCGCAUCAUCUGAUUGACCAUGGCGCCGGUCCUGAAGUCGUUAUAGCAUUUUGCUUUCAAAAGAGCUUGUGGGCGAUUGUUGCCAUUCUAGCAAUUCUCAAGACAGGUUCAGCUUGUGUUGCUUUGGAGCCAGGUUAUCCCACGCAAAGAAAACGCUCGAUCGUCCUGGAAACUAAAUCGGCACUGAUCCUCACGAGUCCAACUUGUCAAGAUCGUGUGUUGGGUUUGGGCAUAGAUGUUGUCACAGUUGAUGCUGCAGGUAUCAAUGACCUCCCAACAGUUCAAGGUACACCCAAAACUACGGUCUCACCUAGCAAUGCCGCCUUCAUUGUCGCGACGUCAGGAACUACGGGCGUUCCUAAGUGCACAGUUCUUGAGCAUCGAAAUCUUGCUGCUUUCACCCUCUGUCUCCCUCAGAUGGGAAUGACUAGCCAAUCCAGAGUUGGCCAUUUUUCUGCUUACUCAUUCGACGCAAGUAUCAUGGAUACUAUCCUGGCUCUAACCCAGGGAGCGACUAUUUGCGUCAUUUCUGAAGAAGACCGCCUCAACUGCCUGGCUGAUGCCAUGUCACGGCUUCAGGUGACCUGGUGUUUUCUUACCCCGACUGUCAUACAAAUGCUGGAGCCUGAACAGGUACCUACCCUACAAACCAUUGUAAGUGGGGGCGAAAGGCUGCCAAACAACUUGGUCAGGAAAUGGGCAGACAAAGUUAAUCUUAUCAAGUAAGUAACCUAUCUUCGCACUGCUCCAAAGCUAGGUUUUUGAUACUAACCCUUGAUCAGUGGCUACGGACCCACCGAAACAUCAGUUAUUUGCGUCUUCACCAGACCUUUGGAGCCUACCGAUGAUGGAAGCAAUAUUGGACGACCUCUAGUGUGUCAAGCUUGGGUUACUGAUACAGCAACAACUGAGAGGCUUCUGCCAAUCGGAACCGUGGGAGAAAUCGUCAUCCAGGGCCCUAAUGUCGGACGCGGAUAUAUGAACAGCCUUGCCAAAGCACAAUCAGGCUUUAUCGACUCGCCAUCAUGGUCUUCCAAGAUAACCAAAAACAUGUCCGGGCGGUUUUACAGGACUGGGGACCUCGGUCGCUUGAAUCACGACGGCAGCUUCACGAUUGUAGGGCGCAAGGACGACCAGGUCAAACUUCGCGGGCAACGCAUAGAGGUUCACGAGGUGGAAUACCAUAUCAACCAGAGUCCCGUUAUACAGGAAGCUAUUGUUGUGGUUCCUGUCGAAGGACCAUUCAAGCAGAGACUCCUGGCCCUUGUGCGACUCAAGGAUGCCCCCUGUUCGGAAAGCAGCUGCAAUGAGUUGCAGUUGUUGGAGGGAUUAGCUCGCAAAGCAUCGGCAGCCCCAUUGAUCGCCAGAGCGCGGAGCCAUAUGGAAAAAGAAGUACCACGACACAUGGUCCCAACCCUUUGGAUCCCAGUGCAGAACUUCCCUAGGCUUACCUCCGGUAAGACAGACCGAGGAGCUAUAUCUCGAUGGGUCAACAACCAUGAUCUACCCCAUGAUAUCGGCUUCGAACAUUUUUCUCAGUCUGCCAACUUUUCUCCGCCCACUUCCAAAGUCGAGGCCACCUUGCAGUCUAUCUGGAGCGAUAUUUUAAAAAUUCCACGCGACAUGAUUGGGGUUGACCAGAGCUUUUUCACCAUUGGGGGCGAUUCUGUGCUUGCAAUCCAGAUGAUCACCAAAGCUCGCACUGAGGGAUUAGUGAUUACUGCAAGGCAAAUAUUCGAGCAUCAGAAGAUCUCAGCAAUCGCUCUUGACUGCAACCGAACCGAUACUGCAGGACUAGUGAACAGAUAUGAGACGCUGGGCAUUGACCAGGACUUGCAUAUCGACGAGCCGAACAUUGAUCAAUUAGAGAGCAGGUACCCAUUAUCUCCAAUGCAGGAAAGUAUCCUGAAUGCUCAAGAGAAUGGGGCAAACCUGUGGCAUGCUAGCUUCCUCUUCGAACUUCAAUCGCCUCAAUCUUGCGGCAAGGUCGAUCCGGAGAGGUUCAUGGAGGCUUGGCAAAAGGUAGUGGAUCGUCACCCCAUAUUACGGACGAUUUUCGGAAAGGAUGAAGAAGGGAAUCGACAUCAGACUGUACUCAGAGACUACGCAGCGCCUAUGGAGCUGCUUUCGGGACCCCUUCCACCCGACUAUACUACUAUACAAGGAGAGGAGAGCCCUCCUCAUAGGUUGGUUCUAUCACAGAACUCUGAUGGGAAACUUUUGGCGCAGUUUCAUUUAAGUCACAGCUUGUAUGAUGGGGUUUCUCUAAACCUGAUAUGGAACGACUUGCAAGCUCUCUACACCAACGGGCAGUAUAAGCGACCCAGUCCACCCUACCACCAUUUUAUCACCUACCUUGGAAAGUCUGAACGAUCGAGAUCGGCUGACUAUUGGAAAACUCGUUUCAAUGGCAUCGAUCCUUGUAACUUUCCAUCUGAGGGCAUCGUGCCUGGGAACAAUCAUUCUUUCGAAGAAACCACCGCACGCAUUGAGCAUUUACCGAGAAUCAAAGAAUUUUGCCAACGACGCGGUAUCACUUUUGGGUGUUUAUUCCAAGCAGCCUGGGCUCUCGUAUUACGAUACUACUGUGGUCGCAAUCAUGUUUCGUUCGGAUACAUGGUGUCUGGGCGUGAUGCACCAAUUGACAACGUGGAUGAGAUUUGCGGCCCGCUGAUCAAUCUCUUACCCUGUGUCAUCCGCAUACCGAAAGCCACUCUAGUGUCAGCGUUGUUUGAGACUCUUCAACUUGAUCUCGCUGAUAGUUUGACGGUAAGCCAGCAAUUACUGUCAUUUUACACGUACUGUCUAACCCUAAUAGCACCAAAAUUGUUCGUUGGUCGAUAUACAGCGAGUGGUCUCGUCGGAUAUACCCUUGUACAAGACGUAUCUCAAUAUCCAGCACUUCGCGGAACGGUCUCCAUCUGAAGAUACGGCUCUGAAGAUGAAUUAUUUACAAAGCUCUAUGCGUGAUGAGGUAGGUUCCGCCAGCGCAGUAUCGCUGUCCAUGUUACUGACUGUGUACAGUAUGCCGUGUCUGUUUAUGUGACAGAGGUUGAAGGUCAUGUAGCCAUUCGCAUGUGCUACUGGACUGCAUCUCUGUCGGCAAGCCAAGCUAAGGAAGCUUGCAGUAUGAUCACGGCUGCGGUGGGAUCGAUCGUGGAGAGUGAUGAGUCACUCUUAGUAGAGCAGGUGGAUUUGGGCCUGAGCAAAAACACCGACGGUUUUUAUCUGUAA